UCUAGAAGAAAAUCUUAUUGUAGAAUUCUACUACUGUAUAGCAAUCCUCAUUCUCGCUUCGGUUUUGAGGAAGAGAACGACGCCUAGUCUCAUUUGACCCUUCCACUCUAGCUUCCUUCCUUCUCUUCAUUCGUCCCUCUUGGCCUGCACCCUUGGAAGUCGAUCGACAAGCAACCUCUCAUCGUCCUAUCCUUAUAACUCAGCCAUCCAACGACACAUCGAAUAUCGUCAACUCGUGCGCUUCCAAACUACAUACCAACAGAACUGGUCUAUCGACCCGUCCCAGCUCCUACUUGAUUGACACGUCUUCGAUUGGCUUCUUCGACAAAGCCUGUUCAACAACUACGCUGCCACAGUCGUGACUCCGCCGACAAUUUUACCACAGCUUUCCGCCUCGAACUCGGUUGAUAUUCGAGCCGACAAAUCCAUAAUGGCAGCUGCUGGCGUUCUGCUGCUCUCUGGCGGCGAACAUUUCCGCAGCCAUCCAUAUUCGCCGACGACAAUGUACUCCUCUCGCUCUUACGCACCACCAGCUAGCGUGACAGGCUCGAUCGAUCAAUACUCGCACGCCACGUCUCGACCAAACAGCUCACACUCGUCGAUGUCAUUACCAUCCCGCGAGCGAGAGAUUCCUUAUCCUCAUACACCCAAAUCGGAGGAUAACUUCCGCCCAUCGCUUCCCUCGAUCUCCAAUCUGCUGAAUAUCGCCGACCGCGAGAAGUCGCAUCGUCUACCAGGACCCCGGCCACGAUUGCAAUCUCCGCCACGUUCCUCCUACGAUCGACGACCGACUUCACACCCAACUCAACUCCCUAGUUUGGGACCACAAUUCGACGAACAUGCUCGACGACAAAUGCACGAUUUGGAAGUCAGUCCGAGAACGACCAUGUCCAACUCAUCAUCAUCCCACAUUAGGAGCCACUCUGUGAUGGAAGGUUCCCAGAGCCCGUCAGCAAUGUCGACCAGAUCCUUACCUUCGCAUUUCAGCUUUGGCCCAGCUCUUCACCAGCACGAUGCACACGAUCACGAAAGCUCACGGCCUGCCAAGCGCCAGGCUCUCUCAACGCGGCCAUCUCCGCCUCCAUACUCGCGCUCAUAUUACGCGACUCCGUCAUAUUCCUCGUCGCCCGAGGUAGUCCCGAGACGAUCCUUCCGUGCACACCCUGAUGAUGUGAUCGCACCUCCACCGGCAUCUCUCGGACUUGCACAAAACCGCUCUCUUCCUUCUCCCCCAUACCUCACUCCCAGCUCGUCGGAGUCGUCGACGCUGACCCGGAAUUCGGCACCGCUUUCACCCGUCACCAGCGAGCCCUCGACUCCAUCAUACCAACAUCAUCAUCACUACAUCAGCAGCUCAUCUGCAGGUGCGUUGCCACAACAGCAAGAUCGUUAUCUCUGCCCGACUUGCAACAAGGCUUUCAGCCGUCCUUCCAGCCUGAAGAUCCACACUCACAGCCAUACUGGCGAGAAGCCUUUCCGCUGCCCGCAUCGCGGCUGUGGCAAAUCCUUCAGCGUCCGAAGCAACAUGAAACGGCACGAGCGAGGAUGCCACAGCGGCCUAGGCGGAGGCAGCUGCACCGAGAUUCACUCACCAUGAGCGUCACUACUCUGUCCGAAUCACAUCAUUCCUUCAUACAAUUUCUUCCUUGCUUCAACUUGCUCAAAAUUCUGUUAUUUCUGUAUGGGAAGAUACCAAAUCAAGUCGCCAGUGUCGACUUUUGAAUUUCGAGGAAAGCAGGCUGGCGUUUUGUAAACUUUUAUGCGUGCAUGACGGCGUUGCCCUCGACCACAGUCUGGUCGCAUGGGAAGUCCAUUUGGCGGCCUUCUCGGCCUUCUCAUCUUAGCCUGUCGGCUUCAUUCCAUAGAAUAAUGUCGCAAUAUGUGUUCGAUCGUCAUCAUCU